AUGCCGGCGGCGGGGGGCGGCCGGGCCGUCCCGCGGCGGCAGCCCCGGUCCCGCCGCCUGCCCGCAGGCCUGGCGCGCCCCGCCGCCCCUCGCCCGGCGGCAGCGCUGGCCCUCGUCACCCUCCUCAGCUUCGCCUCCCGCUUCUACCGCCUGCCGGAGCCGCCGCACGUCUGUUGGGAUGAAACGCAUUUUGGGAAGAUGGGAAGUUACUACAUUAAUCGGACUUUCUUUUUUGAUGUCCACCCGCCUCUGGGGAAGAUGCUGAUUGGACUUGCUGGAUACCUUAGUGGGUAUGAUGGUACAUUUGCUUUCCAAAAGCCAGGGGACAGAUAUGAACAGCACAACUACAUGGGAAUGAGAGGGUUCUGUGCAUUCCUUGGCUCCUGCCUGGUUCCCUUCGCCUACCUCACAGUGUUGGAACUGUCAAAGUCACUGCCAGCAGCCUUACUCACAGCUUUCAUCCUUAUUUUUGAUACAGGCUGUAUUACUUUGUCCCAAUAUAUUCUGCUGGACCCCAUUCUGAUGUUCUUCCUCAUGGGAGCUGUUCUGAGCAUGGUGAAAUUUAACAGCUGUGCAGAUAGGCCAUUUUCUGUCUCCUGGUGGUUCUGGCUAAGUCUGACUGGGGCAAAUCUUGCUGGAGCAAUGGGAGUGAAGUUUGUUGGGCUUUUUGUAGUCCUCUUGGUUGGCCUGAACACGAUGUAUGACCUGUGGGACUUGCUGGGGAACCUCAGCCUAUCACUGGUCAUGUUUGGGAAGCAUUUACUGGCUCGUGUACUCUGCCUCAUCGUGCUCCCGCUUGCUCUCUACAUGGCUAUGUUUGCUGUUCAUUUCACAGUAUUAAAUAAAAGUGGUCCUGGAGAUGGUUUCUUCAGUUCAGCAUUUCAGUCCCAGCUGAUCGGGAACAACCUUCAUAAUGUCUCUGUUCCAGAGCACCUGGCGUAUGGGUCUGUGGUCACAAUGAAGAACCUUCGGAUGGCAGGGGGAUACCUUCACUCCCACUGGCACCUCUACCCGGAGGGCGUCGGGGCUCGCCAGCAGCAGGUCACUGCCUACUUACAUAAAGAUUUGAAUAACUUGUGGAUUAUAAAGAAACACAAUUCAGACACAGAUCUUUCAGACCCCUCAAGCCCUGUGGAGUUUGUGAGGCAUGGAGAUAUUAUUCGUCUGGAACACAGAGAAACUUCUAGAAAUCUUCACAGUCACCAGCAUGAGGCUCCCCUGACAAGGAAGCAUUUUCAGGUCACUGGCUAUGGAAUAAAUGGGACAGGAGACUCCAACGACUUCUGGCGUAUUGAAGUGGUGGGCAGAAGGGCUGGGAAGCUCAUCAAAGUCCUGCGGAGUCGGGUCCGGCUGACUCAUGUGGCCACAGGCUGUAUACUGGGCUCUUCUGGAAAAACUCUGCCAAAAUGGGGCUGGGAACAAGUGGAAGUCACCUGCACACCAUACCUGAAGGAGACACCCAAUUCCCUCUGGAACUUUGAAGAUCACAUUAACCCUAAGUUGCCAAAUAUCAGCCUGGAUGUUUUGAAGCCCUCUUUUGCAGAAAUUCUGCUAGAAUCCCACAUGGUUAUGAUCCGGGGAAACAGUGGCCUCAAACCAAAGGACAACGAAGUUACAUCCAAACCUUGGCACUGGCCCAUCAACUACCAGGGCCUGCGUUUUUCUGGUGUCAAUGAGACCGAUUAUCGGGUUUAUUUGCUGGGAAACCCGGUGAUUUGGUGGCUAAAUCUGGUCACUAUUGGGUUAUAUCUUCUGGUAACAGUUUCCACAGCAGUGGCCCUGAAGAGAGGUGUCCAGCUGACACCUGAACUCAAAGACCUGUCCAGAGUUGUGCUGCGCGGUGGGGGGCAGAUCACGCUGGGCUGGCUCCUUCAUUACCUCCCUUUCUUUAUGAUGGGACGAGUUCUCUACUUUCACCACUACUUUCCUGCCAUGCUUUUUUCCAGCAUGUUGACAGGAAUCACCUGGGACACACUCUUGAAGUUCUGUGCUGAGUUCUGGUCACCAAGCACUACAGCUAGAAAAGUAUAUGGAGGGGGGUUCCUGGCACUGGUUCUGCUCAUCCUGUACAGCUUCUACCUCUUCCAUCCUCUGUCUUAUGGGAUGGUGGGACCCUUGGCCUCUGACCCCAGCAGCCCCAUGGCAGGGCUCCGCUGGAUGGACUCCUGGGAGUUCUAGAGGCAGCAAAGGGAGCCUGGGAACAGCGGCUGAGAAGUAUGAGAUGUGCUGCGUGGCAGGCUGCUGCUGCUUUGGAGACAUGUGACUGUAAAAUGCCCACUCUGGAGAAGUCUGGGUAUAGGAGCCCUGUUGCUUUAGCAUUUGUUUGCACUGCCUGCAUUGGAAGAUGCAGACGAUACCCACCACAAGGUCUUCUUAAAAAGACUCCAUGUCCUUAAUCCUUAGGUUAUAUUUCUGGACAACUGGCUGCUUAAAUCUCAAUUCUUUUGAGCAAUAUGUAUCAAAGAGCAGCGGCAUUCCAGCAGUCAGACCACUACCAGUUGGAGGCUGUGUGUAGUUGUGUCUGUGUGUGUCUUCCUUCUUGUAAUCUAAGCACCAUUACAGUUUGAGCACCAGUGUCUGAGACAUUAGGAGUUUUACCAUGAUUAAUAACUUUUCUUAUGGUGAGGUUUUUGAAAUCUUCAUGCCAGUAUCUGGGGACCUCCAUUCUACUCUGCCCUGGCUGUCUGCCUGGGGUUUUAUUUUGUUUUGAUCUUGAAUUUUUAGAAUUUGACUAAAUAGAUCUGCUUGAAAUCUCCUGAGCCACUGUGCCUUGCCUGUCUCCCAGGCCCCCUGCAGACAGAGGAGAUGGAGAUUGUUUAUCCCUGUGUAAUGCCUUGCUUUCUCGUCACCUUUAUUCAUUUACAAAUGACCCCUAGCAGGCCUGUGCUCGGAGCCAGACUGUUCCAGCUCAGAGUCUGUAGCUUCUAUGCAGUUCUGUCUGAAACUGCUAAGGAGAUUACAGUGGAAAUAGCAGGUGAUUUAUUUUCUGUCUCAGCAUGCUGUGAGUAUCAACUUCUUGGGGGUGUACUAGAGACUGAAAUAAUAGCUUGAAAAUUUUGCAGACAGCUGUUGUUCAUCUUUUGAUCCCACCUAUUCCAGUGGCAGUACCUGUGCUUUUAGAGGGAAGGCUUCCAGUUCAUCCAUGUGGCAUCUGCAAAACUGGUUGUAGUGCCACUGUAACUGUUCACUAUAUUCCAGUAUUGAGCAAGUUCUGUCUCAUAGCUGGCUGAAUAUCAGAUUACUGUGUUGAAGGAAAUGUGAGGCAAGGCAAAAAUGCUUUAAGCGUCAAGAACCAUUGGAUGUUGAAUCCACUCCUUCCAAGAAAAUGGAAUCCUGUUUAUCAGGUGCCUUUCUCCUGUGUCAGGUCUAUUUUAGUAAAUGUUCCUUUUAUUCCAUCUCCUACUCUUCACUCAAUUUCAGUUUCUUAUCACAGUUGCCACCUUGUAACAUCCAAUGUGAAUGACACUUAGACCUCAGCUGUGUUCCUGUCUCAAGAAGUAAUAUUUGCAAAACUUUUGUGUAUGUUUUAAUGAACUUAAGCCUUUUAUUUCAGAGUUCUUGCUCUGCUUCUCAGCCUUGCCUCAAAACCACAGGUACAGGGAAAACAGCAGGCAAGUGUUACUAUCUUUAAAGGUGAAUUUUGCAUUCAUUUGCACUGUUACCAAACUUUGAAUUCUAAUGUAUUUCCUAGCACAUGAAUGGCUGCAUUAGCAUAGUUGCUCUGCAUGGAGGACUGAGACUCCAGUCAGACUUGCUUUCAUUCCUCUUGACAGAGAUCCAUAGCAUUAUUCUGUAAGGCAGCUGCUUGCUAUUUUAAGACUCCGGCUUGGUAUGUCACAACUCUCUCCAGAGGCCGACUCCUGCAGACACUAACUCACAUGGUACAGACCUGGGCUUUUGCUUCUAAAGGUUUUGGGUGAAUCACCUGAUGUAUGUGGUGGGAAGCCAUUGCACUAAUUAUCAGCUGGGGUUGAUAAUUCUUUUCCACUUGCUCCAGGAAGUGCUCCCACCUUCAUGGGCCAAGAAUUCACAGAGGUGAUACAUAUGCAGAAGGAUGAGGGCAAAGGCUGCAAACUUCUUCAGAUGCUGCUGGAUCUGACAGCAGCUGUGAGUUGUUAAUUGUUGCAAUGUAACAAGCAGACAGCACAGCCAGGCCUCUGUAGCCCUGUGAUUCACCAUCUUCUACUCUUGGUGAGAUUAUUGGCUUAACACUUUGCUAUCCUGAAUAUGAGCUCCCCCUAAGGUGGUCCUAUUGCUCUGGGGAACAUUUGCCAGAGGAGUAGAUAGAAUCUGGGAUUUAAAGUGCAGGCUUUUGUUUUGUUUUAUUUUUUCAGCACAUGAAAUCACACACUUGCCCUUAACAUUAGCAACAGAAAACCCCUAAGAAACUUGUGAGUGUUCUGGAAUUACAGUUUUUAACACUAUUCAUCAAAUUAAAUCUGUGGGGAAGCAAAAGUCAACUCAGUAACCUUGGUAACUUCAUUUACUACAAAGGGGUCAGCUUUGUAGGAGCUGCCUGAAGAAGUUGAGCCAGUGUGUUCCUUGGCCAGAGUUCCUGUAUUACUAAUAAUCUUUUGGGUGAGGAUUAGCCAGCUGAAGGUGGUAAAUGUGAUGCUCCCUUCCAUGUUCCCGUGCACGUGCCCAGUUUCUGUCUCAGUACAGACAAAAGUUUAUUUUUCAUCAGAACUGACAUGUCAGAAAUCCUCUGGGAGCAUUUGAUUGGCAUUAGAGACUAAUCUAUUUCUUAGGCCUUGUGUGCCGGCAGGAGGGUGGAGAUAAAAACCUAGCUGUUCCACAAGAGGGAGCAACCUCCAGCAGAAUCUUUUUUAACUGAUUUAUUUCCUAAAAAAAUCUGGAGUUAAAAGGAUCAAAAGGUCUACACGUGAAGACUAGAGGGCAGACAUUUCCUCUGCACCUUCUAGACUCCAAGGGCUGGGUUUUCACAUAAGGAUAAAUUGAUGUUGCUCUGUUUUCUUUUAGAAGAAAAAUACUUCAGAUAGAAUUUGACCAUCAAUAUUUGCUUCUCAAAACCUGAUAAGCCAGGCUGUUAUGGAGCAUAAUAGUAACCAGUAUUUUGUGAGGUCAAUAAAGCACAAUAAUUGGGAUUGCCUUCCUCACUCCAACUUUAAAUGUCUGAGUGGUGCAGACGUGAGGCAAUGAGUGCAGGGCAAUCUUUGCUUUCUGAACAGAAUUUGCACUGCUUCAUUUUUUUUAUCUGUGCGUGUGGAAUGAGUUCAGGUUCAUUUUGAGGACUGCUUAUUAGUCCUUUUCCCCAGUCAUGUGGAAAAUAGCUAAUGGUGAUUUCUGAGGGCAGAAGAUACUGUUCUCUGGAGCAGCUACUGUCUUUGAACUUUACUUGGCAGGGCUCCUUUUAUCACUGGCAAAGUAUUGCAUCAAACUUUAUCUGUGGAUUCAAAUAACAAAAAGCUGCAGGCUGCCACCUUCCCUGCUUCACAUUCUUUUUAAUGUGUAAACGUUAUUUUCACCUUUUCAUUCUUUUGGAGGGUAGCUGGAAGGCCUCUGGGCUCAUCUAGCUUCAUCCUACACAAUCCAUCCAUCUUGAAAGGUUUCUUUUAACAGUCUCUUCGAGACACUGUGCACACACCUAUUCCAGCAGCAGGGACUGGCCUGUUUCCAGGAACUGGACUACUUGUGCUGUAAGAGAGAGAUGUGAGAAGAGGAUUUGAAGAUUCCUAUGCUAAGGUUGCCCUUGGCCUGGGUGUGUCAUGCGCUACUUAACCAGCAUUGUUCACAGCCCCGUGGGUGGGGGCCUUUUGCAUCUUGUUUGGAAGGGCUUUUUGAUACACCAAGGGCUUUGGCAGGAUCUACCUUUUUUGUAUCUCCCUCUUUCCUUCUACUUUUCAAGUAUGCCCAAAGUGCAGGACAUGUCUUUGCUCCUCCAAUUUUUAGGCUGUGCAUCCAUUUCUUAUGGAUGGCUGAGCAAGGGCUUAGGACAGAACACUUCGGUGGUAUCUUCAGUGGAUGAAUACCUGUCACAUGCACUGAGAGCAGAGCCAGAUCCUUAUUAUGGAAAGGGAACCAAACAUGUUAGUUCCCUGCUGUCCUUCCUUCUUCCUUUCCUCCUGUAUUCUUCUGAGAGUUGUUUUCAAGGGACUUGAGAGUGAAACAGCUGCCAACAUGGAAACACGGACACUGACUUGGAGUUCUCCAUUGCCAUGCUUAGUAGCUCUCCUUUCAGAGGCUGUGCCUGUGUGCCUCACCCUCUGGGCUGGCAACUGUGUGCACAAGUACCAUUGUAACCCUGUUUCGUCCUUUUGGGAUCCUGCUGGCAGUGUGAAAAUCUUAGUGAUGCCCUGUGCCUCUGCCAGAUGGAAGAUCUAGGUAAGAUAUUUCUUUCCCCCUUUACAGCAGUGACCCCACAGCUUGACAAGUGUGUGUCAUGAACACAAAAACCUGUGGGCUGUUAAAACUUUGUGAGCCUCUUUUCUGCUGGGAAAGGAAGGCUAAGAACACCACCUUUGUAGCACACUUGCUGUCUUUAGGGGAGGCUGUGGGCAGCAAGCAGUCAGGACUGAAAAUUGUCUCAUCUUUAAAGCACUGAGACCUUCGCUGCACAAUUGGUUGUGAGUUGCUUUUGCUUUUUUCACUCCGUUACACUGUUUACUGGGAUGUCAAGGGCUCUGAUUGUCACAAACCCUGUCGGGUGGGGAACAUACGAGCACACAAACCACUCCUGAAAAAUGUGUAAUCGCUCCUAAAACUCGGCCAAGUGAGUCUGUGUUUUACAGGAGGCACUGUUUAGAGCCAUUGGAGAACUUGCCCCUGGCUGAGCAAGAGUUUGGAGCAGCAGUGAGAGAGAGGGCUUCUUUUGUAAUCCUAACUGGAUUCUGAACUGUUCUUAAGGCUGUGUGUGUACGUGUGUUCGUGGGCACCUGCCUGUGAACUGAGUGUCUUCUAACUGAGGUGUCAUUGCUGCACCGUGCCAUGUGGAUGGGAGAGUGUUCCUUUGACCUAUAAAUACAUUUUGUACAGGAGAUAAUGGAAAAUGAGGUAGAG